AUGUCUCAGUGUGUUGUGUUACUGGGCUCUGCAGAGAUUACUUUUCUUCUCCUUUGUUGUACUGACUUUGAUGCUUUUUGUAUUCAGAACCAGCACGAAGAUGUCAAGAAGCAGCUGAUUGACCUACAGCUGCAGCACAAUAGCUUGAAACUUGAACAUCGUAAGACACUGGAGACCCAUAGCCAGAAGUAUGCCCAACUCCAGCAGGAGAAGGAUAGUGAAGUCACAAAUUUGCAAGAUACAGUCUUUAAACUCAGAGAAGAGAGCAAACUUCUUCGCAAGGCCCACCAAGAAGUUCACUCUCAGCUACUUAAUGCCCAGACCCAGAUGGAAGAGUUCAGACAGCUCAAGGAAGCUCUGCAGAAGAUGCCAAGCUUCAAAGGAGGAGGAGGAGGGAAGGGGCAGCAGCAGCUCCAGGUGCUGAAGGAGCAGCCUCUGGAUCCAGGCAACAGCCAACUGCAGCUCACGAGGCAGAAGGCUUUCCCAGUCAAUCCGGAGCAUCGCCCUGCAGGGAGCUCGCUGGCAUCACAGCUCUCUGGGGUUCGGAAGCAGGCAGAUGGUCUUGUGCUGCAGGGCCGGAGCUCCAACAGCAACGAUGGCCUCAGGUCCCAGGUGAACGUGCCCCUCACCCACCCGGCCCCACUGCAAGAUGCCAAUUCACCACCAGAGGCUCCGCCGGCCUGGCCAGCAGGACAUGGGGAUGGUCACAUCAUCCGAUUCACCCGAACUGUGAACAGCCUGCCAAAUGGAAACCCAGACGUGAACAUGGUGAUGCGCAUUCAGGUGAGCAGCCAUGAGGAAAGCCAAGCUCCUGGAUUGUUACUGUCUGAUCUGAAACAACCUUCUGCUGCUGAGAAAACCCAGAUGCCAGACAACCACCACUCAACAGGGAGCAAACCAGUGCAAAUGCAAAGCUGGAAGGACAUAGUCAGCAAAGUGAAUGCCCAGAUGGAUGAUGUGCACAGUUAUCCCAAGAGCCUUCACCUCAACUCCAGACCCGGGCAAGAGACUCAGAAGGGCAGCUCACAGCCAUCCAGUCAGAAGAGAGGGGCAGAGAAUCAAAUGCGUGAUCAGGAAGGGGAGAAGGAAAGGAUGGAUAACGAAGAGCUUGAAAUGGAUGCAGGAAUGAUUGAGAGGGAGAACUUGCAUUCUCAGAAAGAGACUGUUGUUCAGGAGCCCAUGAUGCCAGAUGAUGCUGCAGAUCCUGCCCAGGAUCCCAAUAACCAAGGCGAGGAUGAGUUUGAGGAAGCUGAGCUGGAGAGGCCUGACUUUGAAGAGAAGGUGGGAGGUUUGGAGAAGUUUAAGGAACCCAGCGUGAAAGAAGAGUCUAAGGAGAAGCCACUGAAGGAUGCUGGCAGACCUGUCAAGCCCAAGGAGGACCCAAUGGAUGACUAUCAAGAAGAUCAGGAACAAGAAAUUGAGGACCAUGGUGGUGAGGUAGAUGACAAUGAUGACCUUGAACUUGUCCAAGAGCAGAAGAACCAUGCAGGCAUCCAGGGAGCUGAUGGCAAGAAGGAUGACUACUACUGAGAGAUGCUGAAGAUGGAUGCAGUAGGAAUGAGAGGACAGGAACUCCUCCCAGGAACUGGAUGCUGUACUGUGCACAGCCCAGAACAAAGGCAGGAGGAGAUAGCUGCCUUGGCAGGCACUGAGCAUGGUGUUUGCAGGUAUGCAUCAUAUCUACGUGCGUGGGGCCACUGCUGCCUCUCUGGUCAAUAGCAUGGAAGUGCCCUCAGACUGUCUGAAUGACUUUAUAUUGCUGCUUCUAAAAGAAGCACUUGUUGAUUGAUCAAGUUCUUGACCCUCUUGUUUUCCCCACCCAUUCCCUACAUUGAGAGUUCGGUUUUUUUGCUGGCCGGGCAGGGGAGGGGUGCAGGGCUACAAAAGGAGGGUGUCUGACCUGAUCCCUGGAGUUAAUCAACUGAUGGCUAAUACAAAGGAAUCUAUCUUAUAAAAUA